AUGGCUACGAUGGACAUUGAUCAUAUCAUUUCCGAACUUUCUAUAAAUGAAAAGGUUUCUUUGCUUUCAGGCGUUGAUGCCUGGCAUACCUAUGCAAUUCCCCGCCUAGGCGUCCCAGCAAUUCGCACAACAGACGGGCCCAACGGUGCUCGGGGGACACGUUAUUUCAAUGGCGUACCCUCUGCCUGCCUCCCAUGCGGGACAGCACUUGGCGCUACAUUCGAUACAGACCUAGUCUUCGAACUCGGCCGCCUCUUAGCCGCGGAAUGCAAGGCCAAGGGAGCACACGUUCUGCUAGGCCCGACGAUCAAUAUCCAACGAGGUCCGCUGGGUGGGCGAGGCUUCGAGUCGUUUUCCGAGGAUCCAGUCCUCUCCGGCCUCGCCGCGGCGAGUUACUGCGCUGGAGUCCAAGCCCUUGGUGUGAUUCCUACGUUGAAGCAUCUGGUUUGCAAUGACCAGGAGCACGAGCGUGUCGCCGUUAGUGCACUGGUCACUGAACGCGCCUUGCGUGAGAUUUACUUGCUUCCCUUCCAGCUAGCCAUUAAGGUCGCGAGGCCGGGUGCCUUGAUGACCUCGUACAAUAAACUGAACGGAUCUCAUGCGAGCGAGAGCCCUCGGCUGUUGAGGGAGAUUGUUCGGAAUGAAUGGGGCUAUGAGGGCUUGAUCGUGAGUGACUGGUUUGGCACAUAUAGCGUCGCAGGGGCUGUCAACGCAGGCCUCGAUCUAGAAAUGCCUGGUCCCACGCGGUUCCGCGGUCCGGCCCUGAUGCAUGCGUUGACUUCCAACAAAGUCUCGGAGAGAACACUGGAUGACCGCGUACGUAAGGUGCUGGAGCUGGUGAAGCUUGCUUCAAAGGCUGAGAUCCCCGAAUACGCUCCGGAGCGUCAACUGAACCGGCCAGAGGAUCGCGCGCUUCUAAGGCGCGCUGCAGCCGAGUCGACCGUGUUGCUGAAAAAUGAAGAUAAUAUUUUGCCUCUCAACCCAAAAAAUAAGACCCUUAUUCUCGGUCCUAAUGCAGAUAUCGCUGCUUAUUGUGGAGGUGGUUCAGCAUCAUUGCUGGCAUACUACACUGUCACGCCGAGACAGGGUAUCGCAGCAAAAUCCGAGGUGGAAUUUACCCAGGGUGUCUAUGGUCACAAGGAGCUGCCUCUGUUCGGAGAGCAUCUCAAGACAGACAGUGGAGAGCGUGGAUAUACAUUCCGUGUCUUCACUGAGCCCCCGACUUGCAAGCUCCGCCAACAUGUCGAUGAGCUUCACAUGACCAACAGCUGUGCGUUCCUGAUGGAUUACAGCCAUCCCAAGGUGUCCGGUGAUACCUACUAUGCUACUCUGGAGGGAAUCUUCGAACCUCCCGAGAGUGGUGUCUAUGAAUUUGGACUCACUGUGGCGGGUACAGGACUGCUCUACAUCGACGGCGAGCUGGUCGUAGACAACAAGACCGUACAGCGGCCCGGAACUUCAUUCUUCGGAAUUGGUACCCUGGAAGAGAGAGGCUCUCGAUAUUUGGAGGCUGGCAAGCAACACCGACUGUAUAUCGAGUACAGCACUGCCCCAACCUCGAAUCUGAAACACCACGGGGUCGUCUCAUUCGGGCCUGGUGGUGUCCGACUUGGCGGGUGUCGAAAGCUAGACACGGAACUUUCCAUCCAGGAAGCAGUGCAGCUGGCAGCACAGACGGAGCAAGUGGUUGUCUGUGUGGGCCUAAGUGGCGACUGGGAAAGUGAGGGCUUUGAUCGCCCGCAUAUGGACCUGCCACAAGGAACAGAUGACCUCGUCAAGGCUGUGCUGGAGGUCCAGCCGAAUGCAGUCGUGGUUGUGCAGAGCGGUACGCCGGUUACGAUGCCUUGGGCCCAUCAGACUAAGGCGCUGCUUCAGGCGUGGUAUGGGGGCAAUGAGGCUGGAAAUGGAAUUGCGGAUGUACUCUUCGGCGAUGUUAACCCGUCUGCGAAACUCCCCCUGACCUUCCCGGCGGACGUUUCGCAUAACCCUUCAUAUCUAAGCUACCGCUCUGAGCGUGGAAGAGUGCUAUACAGCGAAGAUGUGUACGUAGGAUACCGCUACUACGACAAAGUCGGCUGCCCGCCACUCUUCCGUUUCGGCCACGGCCUCUCAUACACAACGUUCAACCUAUCCAACCUCGCAAUCCACGAGACACUCACCCCCGCCAAGUCAAAAAUCCAAGACGAAUCCAUCGAGCUCACCGUCUCGGUCGCCAACUCCGGCGCUCGCAGCGGUGCGGAGGUCGUUCAAGUCUAUGUGCACCCCCCGGCUACUGCGUCCGUGGGACGGCCUGUGCGGGAGCUCAAGGGGUAUAAGAAGAUCAUGUUGGAGCCUGGUGAGACAAAGGAGGUUUCUAUUGCUGUUCCAGUGGGCCUUGCGACCAGCUUCUGGGAUGAGGGGAGAUCCGCGUGGUUGAGUGAGGCUGGGAUGUAUACUCUUGAGGUUGUAGGAACUGGAGAAGGGAAUACGUUGGCGGCACAGUUUGAGGUUCGGACUUCGAGGUGGUGGAAUGGGCUGUAA